AAAUUUGGAUUUAAUUUUUUUUAAUAUUUAUUUUUGCUCUAUUUAUAGUGCUGGGCAUGAUCUAUGAUUCUAUUCCAGCUUCCAAACUCUGUUCUUGUUCAAAUUCUCUGAAGCUUGCCAGAAUGGGAAGUAGAUACGGUGAGUACACAUAUGAGAACCUGGAGAGGGAACCGUACUGGCCUUCUGAGAAGCUUCGUAUUUCUGUAACGGGGGCUGGUGGUUUCAUUGCUUCACACAUUGCCAGGCGACUGAAGAGUGAGGGUCAUUACAUUAUUGCUUCUGACUGGAAGAAAAAUGAGCACAUGACCGAGGACAUGUUCUGUAACGAGUUCCAUCUGGUUGAUCUUAGAGUGAUGGAUAACUGUUUGAAGGUUACUGCUGGUGUUAACCAUGUUUUCAACCUUGCUGCUGACAUGGGAGGUAUGGGGUUCAUUCAGUCCAACCAUUCCGUCAUUAUGUAUAACAACACAAUGAUCAGCUUUAAUAUGCUCGAGGCAGCAAGGAUCAAUGGAGCUAAGAGGUUCUUUUAUGCUUCUAGUGCUUGCAUUUACCCUGAAUUCAAACAGUUGGAUACUAAUGUGAGCUUGAAGGAGUCUGAUGCUUGGCCUGCAGAGCCACAAGACGCCUAUGGCUUGGAGAAGCUCAUGACUGAAGAAUUAUGCAAGCACUUUAAUAAGGAUUUCAGUAUUGAAUGUCGGAUUGGACGGUUUCACAACAUUUAUGGACCCUUCGGCACUUGGAAAGGUGGUAGAGAGAAGGCCCCUGCUGCUUUUUGUAGAAAAACCCUUACUUCCACUGAUAGGUUUGAGAUGUGGGGAGACGGGCUACAGACUCGGUCUUUCACCUUCAUUGAUGAAUGUGUAGAAGGUGUCCUGAGAUUGACAAAGUCUGACUUCCGGGAUCCGGUAAAUAUUGGAAGUGAUGAGAUGGUUAGCAUGAAUGAGAUGGCUGAAAUGGUCCUAAGCAUUGAGAACAAGAAGCUUCCCAUCCACCAUAUUCCUGGCCCUGAGGGUGUUCGUGGUCGAAACUCAGACAACACUUUGAUUAAGGAGAAGCUUGGAUGGGCUCCUGCUAUGAAAUUGAAGGACGGGCUGAGGAUAACAUACUUUUGGAUAAAGGAACAACUUGAGAAAGAGGAGGCUCAGGGAAUUAAAGUGUCAGGUUAUGGCACAUCAAAAGUAGUAGGAACACAAGCACCAGUUCAACUCGGCUCUCUUCGAGCCGCUGAUGGGAAAGAGUGAUUCAGUGAAGCUGGUUAAGCGAUGAUUUGAUUCAGUUGCUGUGAAGUACCUAGUCAUAUGAUGAAGACCACAGUAUAUACUUUGUUGACCCAGACAUGUGGAUGCGAUUAGUUAUAUGGACUAGUUCCUUACCAUCUACCAGAUUAACUAGUUAUCUGUUAUUCGUUUGCUUUAUUUUUCACUUGUAGUAUUUAGAAUAGUGUCCCAAUCUCAACUAGAUACCAGGUUGAUUCAGUGAUGAAAGUUCAUCAUCUAAUGAGCACUUUUCCUGGAUCAUAUAUUGACAGCUUUGUAUCUGUUAAAGUUUAAUAAAUAUAAGAAAGCCGAAAGCAAGAAAAUUGUAGACACCCCAAAAAGAACGCGCCCCACGCGCCAGAAAGAAAAAGGAAAGAGUGAUUGCGAUCUCUCCCGGCCGAACGCCGGCGGUUCUCUUGCCGCUGCGUUCCGGUCCGGGAGAGAAUGUUGGUUUGGAAGUGCAGCGGGUCUUUGGUGCUGAAGCGUGGUCCACGGUGGGAGGAGGCUGGUUCGCUCGGGGUUUGGGUGGUUCGGGAUCCGAUCUGUUCGAUCUGUUCGAUCUGGAUUCGGGUUUGUACGGGAGUUUGCUGGUGUUGUUCCGUGUUGUUUCUGGGGCAGUUGGAGUGGCUCUGGGACACGGAUGACCGGCGGCGAAUCGUGGAGGCUCUGCGACAACUGGGGGCUGGGGGACGGUGGCUGCGAUCACGAUCUCAGGCUCGGUUCGGGAUCUGGUUUCGGGCACCAAUCGGGUUGAAGAAGGGCCUGCACAGUGCCGUGGUGAUACGGCGGUGCAGGGUUGCUGCGCGGCGGAGUGCUGCUCCUUGGGGGCAGUCUGGUGCUUGGUGGGCUUCUGCUUUGGGCCUUUGGGAGAGAUGGUGGAUGGGCCGUGCUUCAGCACGCAUGCUUUGCUGCUGUUUUUUAUUUUCUGUUGGUUUUUCCAGUUGUUGCUUUGUUUGUUUACUUGUUUGUUGCUUGUGGUUUGUUUUGCGCAGUUUGCGUACAAUAAGUCCCUGCAUUCGUUGUGUAGGACUAGUCGGGCCUUGUGCCUGUGGAUGCACUCUAUGUGCCUGGUCUGCUCUAGGUUGGCGGCGAGUUCAUUGCUUUGUCAAAU